GUAGUAGUGAGAAAGGAAGGUGGAAAUAUAUUUUUCAAAAAAAAAAAAAGAAAUGCAGAGAAUUUUCUGUAAAUGACUGGAUAUUCGCAUUUUAGGCGAUAAAUAGCUAUCGAUCAUGUUGUUUGAGUCGCAAGCUUUAUGUUUAUUAAGGCUUUUUUCUGCGUUUUAACAAGGUAGCUAGCCACCUUGCGAAGUUGUUCGACAGCGGCAGUGUGGCAUUGGCAGUACUCCAGCAACUAGCGAGCUACUUGGUAUCUUAAUGGCUAACAAACUAGCCAGAUAGGAGCUAGCUAGCGCUUUUGAAAAUGGCUCUCGAUACAGGUAUUAGCAUCAUGUCCGAGACAUUUAACUUUGGCUGGCCGUGCGGGGAGUAUUUUUGUUUUUAAACUUCAUAUUUUUAUGAAUGGGAAUCAUCAGUUUGGUUGAUUGAUCAGUUCUCAACUGUUUCAUGGUGGAAUCGGAUGAAAUGAGUCGUCCGGCAAGAUUUGAAGUGGAUUAUUACGAAUGAUUAGCUGGUUUGCCUUACACAAGCUAUGUUUGUACAACGCAACAAACAGGAUUGAAACGAUAAAAUAAUGGAUUAUAGCGAUGCACCCAGCUCACUGAUGGAUUACAAAAGUGCUCCAUAAAUCAUGUGAACAUUUUCUUUACAGACAGAUUUACACACGAUUGCGUGAAAUCAUAAACCUUAACGGUUUGAAUUUUUUUUUUUUUUUUUUUAAACCUUGGACUUCGUUCUGCCGCCGUGGUAACGUUACCAUAUUUCCAUAAAAGCGGAUAUGAUAUUGCUUUUGAUGGAUCUCCCUCUGCGCUCCAGGUAGUCCCCAACCUCUACUGCGCAGGGAGUGGUGGGGGUAGAGACGGGUAGGGCCGCAGUUUCCUUGUGAUGUAGCAAGCGUAUAACCACGGAAUGAACAUUUGUACAAGUUUUUUCUUGAAAAAAUAUUGUACACAUCCACUCGUCAGUGUUAUGAAAACAGAUCGAAGGAAUAUACAGCACCAACUGGGAUCUUUGAAUGGACAUGCAUGGAAAACGCAUACUUUUAAAGGAAACGACGCAUUAGAAAUUGACGGUUUGGUUUGUAAAUAUUUCUGCAGCUAGUCAACUAGUGCCAUCUGCAAUUAUGGAAAAGGAUUACUAAUUCCCGAAACGACUGUUUUGGUACUCCUUGUAGACUAAUUAUGCACGCUGUGCGCCAGUGUUGGUUAAAAUUUCACAAUUUUACAUUUUUAAAAACAUUUGAUUCGGAAGAACCUUGAACCGUUGUAAUACAUUAUCAUGUCGGUGUACGCUGAAUUCGUUCCUCCUCCGGAGUGUCCCGUUUUUGAACCAAGUUGGGAAGAUUUUUCGGAUCCAUUAGGAUUUAUAAACAAGAUCCGACCCAUUGCCGAAAAAACUGGUAUCUGCAAAAUUCGCCCUCCUGAGGACUGGCAGCCUCCCUUUGCCUGCGAUGUCCGAAGCUUCCGCUUCACCCCCCGUGUCCAGAGGCUAAACGAGCUUGAGGCCCUGACCCGCGUCAAGCUCAACUUCCUGGACCAGAUCGCCAAGUUCUGGGAGCUGCAGGGGUCCCGUCUGCGGCUGCCCCACGUGGAGAGGAAGCUCCUGGACCUCUACGUCCUCAGCAAGAUGGUGUCGGCGGAGGGCGGCUUCGUGGCGGUGUGUAAGGAGAAGCGCUGGUCCAAGGUGGCCUCCAGGAUGGGCUUCCCCAGCGGGAAGAACACGGGAUCACUGCUGCGCACGCACUUCGAGAGGAUCCUCUACCCCUACGAGCUGUUCCAGAGCGGAGCCUCGCUGACUGGCAUCCACCGGCUGUACGACGAGGGCCCGGACGCAGACGAGGGUGACGAGGGCCUGGAGAAGGGCCGGGAGGAAGAGGAGGGCGAGGACCGGCUGGACGGGCGGGACAGCCCGUGUGACCGCGCGCUGGGCAAGGACCUCGGCGCCCCCGAGAGGCGGUCCCGCCGCCUCAAGUCCGCAGAGCAGGACGGGAAGGAGCUGAAGAACCUGCGCAUUUUCGGGAGCAGUCCUAAGAUGGUCGGCCUGGAGAUCGUCCCGGCUGACGACGGCUACAACAGGAAACAGCGGCACCUCAAGGCCCAGGCCUUCGCCAUCAAGAUGAGGCAACGCAAGGAGACGCUGGAAGUGAACUUUAUCGACCUGUACAUGUGUCUGGCGUGCGGGCGCGGGGACGAAGAGGACCGCCUGCUCCUGUGUGACGGCUGUGACGACAGCUACCACACCUUCUGCCUCAUCCCGCCCCUGCAGGACGUGCCCAAGGGCGACUGGCGCUGCCCCAAGUGUGUGGCGGAGGAGUGCAGCAAGCCGCGGGAGGCGUUCGGGUUCGAGCAGGCGGUGCGGGAGUACACCCUCCAGAGCUUCGGGGAAAUGGCCGACCACUUCAAGUCCGACUACUUCAACAUGCCCGUGCACAUGGUGCCCACGGAGCUGGUGGAGAAGGAGUUCUGGCGGUUGGUGAGCAGCAUCGAGGAGGACGUGAUCGUGGAGUACGGCGCUGACAUCAGCUCCAAGGACAUGGGGAGCGGGUUCCCGGUCCGGGACGGGAAGAGGAGGCUGCUCUCCGAGGAGGAGGAGUAUGCAAACUCUGGCUGGAACCUGAACAACAUGCCGGUUCUGGAGCAGUCGGUUCUGACCCACAUCAACGCCGACAUCUCGGGCAUGAAGGUGCCCUGGCUGUACGUGGGCAUGUGCUUCUCCUCCUUCUGCUGGCACAUCGAGGACCACUGGAGCUACUCCAUCAACUUCCUGCACUGGGGCGAGCCGAAGACGUGGUACGGGGUCCCGGCGCACGCCGCGGAGCAGCUGGAGGCCGUGAUGAAGAAGCUGGCCCCGGAGCUCUUCGACACGCAGCCCGACCUGCUGCACCAGCUGGUCACCAUCAUGAACCCCAACGUCCUGAUGGAGCACGGCGUCCCCGUGUUCCGGACCAAUCAGUGCGCGGGAGAGUUUGUGGUCACCUUCCCCAGAGCCUAUCACAGCGGGUUCAACCAGGGCUACAACUUCGCCGAGGCGGUCAACUUCUGCACCGCCGACUGGCUGCCCCUGGGCCGCCUGUGCGUGGCGCACUACCGCCGGCUCCACCGCUACUGCGUGUUCUCGCACGAGGAGCUGCUGUGCAAGAUGGCGGCCGACCCCGAGAGCCUGGACGUGGAGCUGGCGGCCGCCGUGUUCCGCGAGAUGGGCGUGGUCACGGAGGAGGAGGGCCGGCUGCGCAGGGCCUUGCAGCAGAUGGGGGUGCUGUCCUCGGAGCAGGAGGUGUUCGAGCUGGUGCCGGACGACGAGCGGCAGUGUCAGAAGUGCAAGACCACCUGCUUCCUGUCGGCGCUCACCUGCGCCUGCAGCCCCGACCGGCUGGUGUGCCUGCACCACGCCGCCGACCUCUGCGACUGCCCCCUCGGCGACAAGUGCCUCAGGUACAGGUACGCCCUGGAGGAGUUCCCCUCCAUGCUGCACGGGGUGAAGUCGCGCGCCCAAUCCUACGACACCUGGGCCCGUAGGGUCACCGAGGCGCUGGCGGCCGACCACAAGAACAAGAAAGAUCUGAUCGAGCUGAAGGUGAUGCUGGAGGACGCGGAGGACAGGAAGUACCCUGAGAAUACCCUCUUCAGACACCUGAGGGAGCUGGUGAAGGAGGCCGAGACCUGCUCCUCUGUGGCCCAGCUGCUGCUCAGCCACAAACAGAGACACAGGCAGCGGCCGGAGAGCAGUCGCGCGCGCAGUAAGCUGACGGUGGAGGAGCUGAAGGCCUUCGUGGAGCAGCUGUUCCGCCUGCCCUGUGUCAUCAGCCAGGCGCGACAAGUCAAAGAGCUGCUGGAGAACGUGGAGGACUUCCACGAGCGGGCCCAGGCGGCGCUGGCGGACGAGACGCCGGACUCCUGCAAGCUGCAGGCGCUGCUGGACCUGGGCGGCGGGCUGGACGUGGAGCUCCCGGAGCUGCCGCGGCUGAAGCAGGAGCUGCAGCAGGCGCGCUGGCUGGACGAGGUGCGCCUGGCGCUGGCCGAGCCGCACCGCGUCACCCUGGAGCUCAUGAAGAGGCUCAUCGACUCGGGCGUGGGCCUGGCGCCCCACCACGCCGUGGAGAAGGCCAUGGCCGAGCUGCAGGAGAUCCUCACCGUGUCCGAGCGCUGGGAGGACAAGGCCCGCACCUGCCUGCAGGCCAGGCCGCGGCACAGCAUGGCCACGCUGGAGGGCAUCGUGAUGGAGGCGAAGAACAUUCCGGCAUACCUGCCCAACGUGCUGGCGCUCAGGGAGGCCCUGCAGAAAGCCAAAGAGUGGACGGCCAAGGUCGAGGCCAUCCAGAACGGCAGCAACUACGCGUACCUGGAGCAGCUGGAGAGCCUGCUGGCGCGGGGGCGCUCCAUCCCCGUGCGGCUGGAGCCGUUACCCCAGGUGGAGUCGCAGGUGGCCUCCGCCCGGUCCUGGAGGGAGAGGACGGCUCGCACCUUCCUCAAGAAGAACUCCACCUACACCCUGCUGCAGGUCCUGAGCCCUCGUCAGGACAUUGGCGUGUACGGAAACAGCAAGAGCAAGCGCAAGAGGGCCAAAGAGCUGCUGGAGAAGGAGAGGGGGCUGGACCUGGAGGGCCUGAGCGACCUGGAGGAGGGCAUGGAGGAGAUCCGCGACCCCGCCGCUGUGGUGGCGGCGUUCAAGGCCAAGGAGCUGAAGGAGGUGGAGGCCAUCCACUCGCUGCGCGCCGCCAACCUGGCCAAGAUGGCGAUGGCGGACCGCAUCGAGGAGGUGAAGUUCUGCCUCUGCCGCAAGACGGCCAGCGGGCUGAUGCUCCAGUGCGAGCUGUGCAAGGACUGGUUCCACAGCGCCUGCGUGCCCCUCCCGAAAGCCGGCUCGCAGAAGAAGGGCCCCGCCCCGUGGCAGUGCAAGGAGUCCAAGUUCCUGUGCCCGCUCUGCCAGCGGUCGCGGCGGCCGCGCCUGGAGACCAUCCUGUCGCUGCUGGUGUCGCUGCAGAAGCUGCCGGUGCGUCUGCCCGAGGGCGAGGCGCUGCAGUGCCUGACGGAGAGGGCCAUGGGCUGGCAGGACCGCGCGCGCCAGGCGCUGGCCACCGACGAGCUGUCGUCGGCGCUGGCCAAGCUGUCGGUGCUCAGCCAGCGCAUGGUGGAGCAGGCCGCGCGCGAGAAGACGGAGAAGAUCAUCCACGCCGAGCUGCAGAAGGCCGCCGCCAACCCCGACCUGCAGGGCCACAUUCAAACCUUCCAACAGGCUGGCUUUAGCAGGGCCACGUCGCCGCGGCAAUCGGUGGACUACGACGACGAGGAGACGGACUCGGACGAAGACAUACGGGAGACGUACGGCUACGACAUGAAGGACCCGAGUGGGGUGAAGCCCUACCUGUUCUGCGACGAGGAAAUCCCCGUCAAGUCCGAGGAGGUGGUCAGCCAUAUGUGGCCGGCGACGCCCUCCUUCUGCGCAGAGCACGCCUACUCCUCCGCCUCCAAAUCCUGCGCCCAGAACUCGGGGACCCCCCGGAAGCAGCCCCGGAAGACGCCCCUGGUCCCGCGCAGCCUGGAGCCCCCGGUGCUGGAGCUGUCCCCCUCGGCCAAGGCCCAGCUGGAGGAGCUGAUGAUGGUGGGCGACCUGCUGGAGGUCUCCCUGGACGAGACGCAGCACAUCUGGAGGAUCCUGCAGGCCACGCACCCGCCCUCCGAGGAGCGCUUCCUGCAGGUGAUGGAGCCGGAGGAGGGCCUCCUGGAGAAGCCUCUGAAGCUGAAGCCGAAGGACUCGGAGAAGAGGAGGAAGAGGAAGCUGGAGAAGGCGGAGCAGCUGCUGCUGGCGGCCGGCGGCGGGGGCGGGGGGGCCGACGGGGUCGGCGGGGGCGGGGGCGGGGGGCGGCCCCCCAAGUCCAAGGAGCUUCGCAAGGCCGAGGGCAAGCCCAAGAAGAAGAAGCUGAAGCUGAGCCCGGAGAAGUCGCGGGAGCUGAAGCAGCUGGCCAAGCGGCUCGCCAAGGAGGAGAAGGAGAAGAAGCGCAAGGAGCGGGCGGCGGCCAAGGCCGAGGCCGCCAAGGAGGGCCUGGAGCGCAAGCGCGAGAGGAAGGCGCUGGACAUCCCGUCCAAGUACGACUGGUCGGGCGCCGAGGACUCCAACGACGAGAACGCCGUCUGCGCCGCCAAGAACUGCCAGCGGCCCUGCAAGGACAAGGUGGACUGGGUGCAGUGUGACGGAGGCUGUGAGGAGUGGUUCCACCAGGUGUGCGUGGGCGUGACCUGCGAGAUGGCGGAGAACGAGGACUACAUCUGCCUGACCUGCACCAGGAAGGCCACCAUGGGGGCCCUGGAGCGGGGGGGGCUGCCCUCGCCCGUGUGCGCCCCCCCGGUCCUCCUCCUGCCCGCCUCUCUGGCCCAGCGCGACCUGCACGAGACCAGCUAGUUUCUCUGAGGAGGGGGGGCGGGGCGGGGGUUAGGGGACACGCCUCCGGUUCGAAUCGUGCACACCCCCUCCCCCCCCCCCCUCACCGCCAGACGAAGAGCAACAAACCUCACCCCCCCCCUACGGGACCCUCCGCCCCCUCCCCUCCUCCCUGUCGCCCCCUCCCUGGUUGUGGUCUGAGAAGGGGGAGCGCGGUGUGGAGACUGGACCCGGUCUAUAGAGAGGCGCGGGGGGGAUGCAGGAGGGGCGGGGCGGGGGGGGACUGACUGACGCAAAGCUAAGCUAAACCUCGGGAGGAAACACCGCCCCCUGCAGGCGGCCCUGAGUUACUGCACUGCAUGGAUUUCCGCGGGGUGGGAGCUUCAGCAUCGUAGCCGCCGCCAAACGCCUCCAGCAUCGCUCGGUCUCCGCGGCACGGGGGUGGGCCAGGCGCGGCCCUGCAGACAGGGGGCGCUCCGUGCCGGAACAGCGCCCGGGGAGGGGACCCGGGAAACGGAUCCUUGGAAACAUGCCGGAAACGGGACAGGGUAGCCGGGGGGGGGGCUCGCCAGUAACCCCCCCCCCCCCCAUCUCCAUGGUGACGAAGGGCUGACGUUUUUACCCGCCCCCUUCACUCACAGCGCCCCCCUACAGUGUGAGUCAGUGCGUAGGCGUAGGAGUGGCUGUGUGUAGUGAACGUAUUUAUAAUGUAAAUACUGUAGGUUUUAAGUGAUUAAAAUAACAGGAUAUGUGGCUCAAGUUUUAUUUUUAUUUUUUAUUUUUUAUUUCCUUUUCCUUUUCCUUUUAUCACCUUUAAUAAACGCUCUUCAUGGACAAAGUGAA